AUGCGCGAAGAGUGGAACAGGAUUUCGCUUUAUUGUCGUACCACGUUUCACCACCAUGAUGGCCGUCGAGCCCUAGAGCCGAUGGAGUUUGAAUACAACAGGAAUAAUGCUGCGCAGCAUGCUGCUUAUCCUCCAAGGAUCCGCUCUGUCCUAGGCCGUGCUCAUCUCGCCUUGAUGUUCUUUAAUCAGUGCAAGCGUCUCGACAUCCCUAUCACCUGGAAUGUCCCUAUUGUUGCUUACGAUGAAGAGGCUGAGAUCGCAACAGCCAUCUCCAUAGAUGGUCGGCGUUUCCUUGGUGAUAUCGUUAUUGCUGCAGAUGGUAUUGGCUCCAAGUCACACGGUGCCGUCUUAGGCCAUCCUGUGCGGGCAAUAGGCACGGGGUAUACAUAA